UUGGGAAGAAGUUGGGAAGAAAUUGGGAAAAAAUUGGGAAAAAAUUGGGAAGAAAUUGGGAAGAAAUUGGAAAGAAAUUGGGAAGAAAUUGGAAAGAAAUUGGAAAGAAAUUGGAAAGAAAUUGGGAAGAAAUUGGGAAGAAAUUGGGAAAAAUUGGGAAAAAAUCGGGAAGAAAUUGGGAAGAAAUUGGGAAGAAAUUGGAAAGAAAUUGGAAAGAAAUUGGAAAGAAAUUGGAAAGAAAUUGGAAAGAAAUUAGGAAGAAAUUGGGAAGAAAUUGGGAAGAAAUUGGGAAGAAAUUGGGAAGAAAUUGGGAAGAAAUUGGGAAGAAAUUGUGAAGAAAUUGAGAAGAAAUUGGAAAGAAAUUGGGAAGAAAUUGGGAAGAAAUUGGGAAGAAAUUGGAAGGAAAUUGGAAAGAAAUUCGGAAGAAAUUUAAAAAAAUUGGAAACCCAUUUGAUUAAAAAAAAUUUUUUUGAUAAGAACGCUUAUUAUAAGAGUUUAAUAAAAACCAAAGAGGAAUCCAGAAAAAAAAUUGGAAAAAGGAAACUCCGUCGUGUUCACUUACAAAAUCCGAUAUUGAUUUAG